AUGCGCAGUUUUCUGCGUCUCUGUGGCCAGAAGAACAUCUAUGAUGGUUGUCUGCGUCUUCAUGAGCGACGGGAGCGUGACCUCGUCGAGUAUGGUGGCUAUGCUGGUUAUGGACCAAAUCAUAUGGGACACGAGAAUGAUUCCGCUGGGAUGUACAAUCCUCGUACGCAUUCGAAAGUUGCUGAGAAAGAGGGCUUCCACAUGGGUGGAACUGAUGAGCCUAGGACUCUGUACGUCGGAAACCUAGACCCAUCGGUUACUGAGGAGUUUAUUGGCACAUUGUUCGGACAGAUUGGAACAGUCACCAAGACAAAAGUCAUAUUUGAUGGUACCAACGAUCCUUAUGCGUUCGUAGAGUUCUCGGAUCAUAAUAUGGCUGCACAAGCCUUGCAAACAAUGAAUCGACGUAUGUUACUGGACAAGGAAAUGAAGGUCAAUUGGGCGGUUGAGCCAGGGCAGCAACAGCCAAAAGUGGACACCAGCAAGCACUUCCAUGUUUUCGUUGGGGAUCUUUCACCUGAAGUUGAUAACAAGGCUCUUAAAGAAGCCUUUGCACCAUUUGGAGACGUGAGUGACGCUAAAGUUAUUCGCGAUGUGACCACGUUGAAAUCCAAGGGAUACGGUUUUGUUUCAUAUCCUAAGCGCGAGGAGGCUGAACGUGCUAUUGAGCAAAUGAAUGGUCAGUGGCUUGGUCGUCGCACGAUUCGCACGAACUGGGCUACACGUAAGCCCGGACAAGGCGGCGGAGAUCAACCUGCAUCAAACGAAAAAACGUAUGAGGAUAUCUUCAAUAUGACUACUCCUGACAACACGUCUGUGUAUGUUGGUAACGUAGCAGGCGGUGUCUGUGAGGAGGACAUUCGUGAAGCAUUUGGCCAGUUCGGGCGUAUUCUGGAAGUGCGUAUUUUCAAAGUACAGGGCUACGCAUUCGUUAAGUUCGACUCGAAGGAUUGUGCUUGUCGAGCGAUUUUACGGAUGAACGGUGGUGAUCUUGGAGGCAACACCAUUCGUUGUUCAUGGGGAAAAACUAGCGAUUCGGAGAAACGCACGCAAGGUUACAGUAACUACGGCCAGGGUGCCUACGGAUAUGGAGGACAGGCUACCGGCAACAGUGGUUAUGGCCCACCUGCUGCAACUGGUCCCGGUGGAGCUGCUGCUGCAGCAGCUGCUCAGGCUCAACAACAGUACUAUAAUUAUUAUGCACAAUACUACAGCAAUCCACAAGUCAUGCAGCAAUGGGCUAAUUAUUGGCAGCAACAACAGGGGAGCGCUGGUCAAGCGAACAGUGGGGCUGCGAACGGCAAUCGUUAA